AUGGCACGUGUUGGGUCGUCGCAUCUAACUAUAUUAUGUGUAUUGUUUCUAGCGCCGGGUGUUUUGGCUGAUGGUUGGGAGGAUUUUACCAAUAAUCUUGCAACGGACUUGGCCCCUUUGAUUACCCUCUUCGGCGAACGUCUCACCAAACAAUUUCUCUCCGAGUCAAUAAGUCUCCUCGACAACAUAAUUUUCGCCCUAUCACCACUGGGAGUGUUAACCGCCGUUGUCUCCGUAAUCCGAGUAUGCGGUGGUUCUUCCCUUCGAGCUUUCAUCGGUAGAGCGCAAGAAGGUCCCGCUGAAGCUGAGAGUGAGCUAUUACCAUGUGUGUCGGAAUCUACGGCUGAGCUAUUCAAUGAAGGUGGUAUAUCGCGGGUCUUUGGCAGACCUAAGAUUGUGGAGAUUGUGAUGUGGGAGAAUGAGGAUCCGCAGGAUGGUGAGAAGAGUACGGAGAUUGGAACGUUGCGCGAUGCUUUGAAGAAGGGCGCCUGGUCUGCUCAGGGUUCGGGUGUCUCGGAGGAUUUUUCUGAUCCGAGUCAUUUGCCUGAAUUGGAUGUUCCCAAUUUAUCCUUGAAUAAGGGAAUCAAGAGACGUGAUCAGUUUUGGUUUUAUUGUGUUGCUGUGGUAGGUGUCGUGAUGCAAGUUGGAGUUGUGAUCUAUGCUGCAAUCACUGUAUUCAUAUUUCCCGGGUCAUUCGAGAAAGAUGGCAAAGCUGUCCCAAGCUACGCAUUCCCCUUCUAUAUAAUCGGGACUCUUUUCCUCUUUAUAGGAAUGUUAGUCUGUGCGAUCGUCAUCGAGCGCUCUUCUGAAGAGUAUUACUUCAAGCCAAACAAACCAAGCAAGAUAUUCUGGCUACAACCAGGAAAGCAGAAUGUGGGCGACCAAGUAUUCAAUGCAUUCAUGGCCGUCAAAGAAGGAUCGAAGUCAACCAUGACAACGAAAGUGGAGUACAUCAAGUCAGUUCGAGUUCGCAGAUACGACGAAAGACAUGUAGAGAUUUACAUGACCCUUAUUUCUACACUGCUGGGAUUUGUCUUUCAAUUUAUUGGACUCAGAGGGUUACACGCUUCUGUUAUUCUUGCUCAGCUGGGAUCGACUUUGGUUAUGUCUAUUUUACGCACAUGUCUUCGAGCGGAAAGAAUGCCGCAAGACGAAGAUAAGAUGAGAGACGAGCGGGAGCUUACAUCUCAUAAGCAACAAGAGCUCGAUUGCUUUGCGUUCCAUCUCAAGGAUAUUGGGUCGUUUGAAGUUCUUGCGCCGUCUCCUCCAGAGACAUCUUCAACGGAAUCUUCAAGCGAAGUCUAUCAACCACAUGCAUUUUUGGUCAAUCAACUGAUACAGACCAGGGCUCGCCUUGCAGAGUUGACAAAAAGUCCGAGCCACGGGUUGAUGGUUGGAUGGGACAAUAUGCCAAUUCGAAAGGCAUCCCAGAAUCUCGCCCUUGUUAUCGAAUCAACUAUGGACCUCAUGUCGAGCUGGGGAGUUGAUUUUGGCAAACCCUUCGAGUUUCAACUGAACAUUGAGUGUCAAACUUCACCUACGGAACGCAAUUCAGGCAUCCGGGGAAACUACUCAAUAUUUGCCCGAAGAUGUGGCGAUGCGCUUAGAUGGAGCAUUGACAAGAAUGAACUUGAGGCCGUCCUGGGUCUUUGGGUGUGGUCUUUGUAUAAGUCUGACGAAGGUUGGAAGCAGCCGCUCAAUCGCAUGGUUGGGCUCACCAGAGAGGAGACGGGGAAGGAAGCGACAUAUCUCCUCUUUCACAAAUGGAUCUUCAGGCAGACUGAGGCAAGAUUGGUUUCUUCAAAGAUGAUUGAUCCAUCACGACGUCUAUUUGGGAUUGAGUCUGACGAGCACUCUUACGACAAAGAUAUUCUCAUUGUCAGAACAGACAAUGCGAUCGAAAUCAUGGCUGCUCAGGACCUCUACAUUCGAUUUCUCCAAGUCGCCUUCGGAUACUUGAUUAACCUUGACGGAGAGACUUCUCUUAGCACUGGGUUUCAUAAUACAGUGUUUGCUCAUAACACUCGCGUGGAUGAGCUUGUGCAAUGUUUUGAAAACUGUCAGAUGGGGACUCGGGAAGAUGCCCUAAUAUGCAUAGUUCCCGUGUUGAAAGCUCAACAUGUCUUACCAGAAUUUGCGGCCGACUCACCUACCAUGAAGAGAGACAUAGAGGGUUUGAUUGCGAAGAAUGAUUGGAAACAAGCUCUCCAUCUAGGGCUGUGGAUCUGCGAAAGGUGUGAGGGAACUGACUUUGAGUGCUCAGUCUACGAGCUUGGUUAUCUUUGUCGCCGAGCUUUGUUGGCCAAUGAUAAGACGGCUCAAAAAGAAGGAUUCUCAUACAUCUGCAGGAUUCUCAAGUCGGACAUCAGAACAGAUUUUCUUCGGACGCAAAGAAUAUCACCACCUUCAAGCUGGUCAAGGUCACCGGAAUAUCAGCAAUGGUGGCUUUCAUUCUCGAGCCAGAUGGGAUGGGUUGCAUUGCAUAUCACCACGAAUGUCUUUGGCUUGCGGUGGAUGCAACAAUUUCUAAAGCAAUGUGACUCCUCCAGAGGAUUCGAAGUGCCUGAUCCACGGGACAUGGACCCAGAACGAGCUCAAAUUGGCGCUCGUGCUAUGCAGGAAUGGCUUACGUUGAGCCAUAUUGAUUUUGUGCGUGAUUUUUCUGGCAACGACGAUGAAUUAUGCUUCGCAUGGGCACUCAAAGGGAGACAAUAUGUUCUUGUAUACUUCAUCUUAGUGAGAUGGGCUGAGCUUGGUGCUGAACACCCCAUGCUCAUCCGGCAGGCGUAUAUCAUUGCAGCCCAGCAUCGCUCAAACUGGGGGAUCCAGGUACUUCGACGACAGGGUGCAGAUAUAGACAUCCUCACUCAUAGCAAAAUGUCUGCAUUAGUCGAGAUCAUAGCCACUGGAGAUAUUGAAGCUGCCAAGACGCUUCUUGACAACGGUGCAAAUCCCAACGGGAGCGAGGACGCUCCAGAACGAAGACCUUUACUUUUGGCAGCCCAUGCUGGCCUCACAAAUAUGGUUGAACUACUCUUACAAUAUGGUGCUUCGCUGGAGAUUCUGGAUAGCGCGGGACUAUCUGCUCUCCAUUGGGCUAGCAAGGCAGAUCACCUCGAGACGACUCGGUUACUGCUGUCCCGUGGUGCGGAGGUGGACAGAUUCGGAUCUGAUGAAAAGACUGCUCUUCACUCGGCUAUGCUGGCAGAUCAGCGUCCCAUGGUAGAGUUGCUCAUUGAUAAUGGGGCGGAUGUUAACAUACCAGAAGGAACCUAUGGACAAACCCCGUUGAUACUCGCUGCAAGAUCUUCCUUCGUUGAUCUUGUUCGUUUGUUGCUAUCAAAGGGCGCAAAUCCUCAACUUCGCGACCGAGGAGGAAUGACUGCCCUUGACUGGGCCAAGAGCAAUAGUUUCCAAGAAAUUACUGCCCUCUUGGAAGAAAGAAUGAGGCAGACUUCGACUACUAUGAGUUGA